GCACGGGUUGCAAAAGAAGCGGGCUACGUAAGGCUACGUACGGAAGACCAGUGGAGUGUUUACUGUUUUGAGCCGUGCUUCUGCGGCAGAAAACAAUUUGGAACAUGAUUCGGAUGCAGUCUUUGGUCAGACAUGCUCGAUGCUUCUCUACACGAACUGUUUUGCGUCAAAGGGUGUCACAUGAUACACCCAAAUCUACCCUUGAGAUGCCACCAUGUGAUUAUAAGCCUGAACCAUAUAAGGGGAUGUCUUUUGAUAAAGCCAAGCAAAUCCGCCAAACAUAUCUCAAUCCUGCUCUUUUGGCAUAUUAUAAGGAUCCCAUUUUUAUCUGGGCGGGCCACAUGCAGUGGCUCUGGGACAUUAAUAACAAACGGUACCUGGACAUGUUUGCUGGCAUUGUGACUGUUGGUGUUGGUCAUUGCCAUCCGCAUGUGAAUAAGGCUUUAAAAGCUCAAGUUGACCGGCUUUGGCACACAACAAACAUUUACUACCACCCACAAAUACAUGAGUAUGCAGAACUUAUGGCUUCAAAAUUGCCUGGGAAUUUGAAGGUAUGCUAUUUCGUGAAUAGUGGUUCUGAGGCAAAUGAUAUGGCACUGAUGAUGGCACGUGCUCACACAGGGAACUUUGACAUCGUCAAUCUCAGAAAUUCUUAUCAUGGAUCAGGCCAGGGAGUGGUUGGAAUAACCAGUCAAUCAACGUGGAAGCUAAAUGUUCCAACAAACAUAGGAUUCUACUCAACGAUGAACCCUGAUGUUUAUAGAGGGCCUUGGGGCGGAGCAAACUGCCGCGAUUCAAUAUCACAGACUGAUCGUGCAUGCAACUGUGGCCCAGAUGAAUGUAAGGCAUCGGAUUUAUAUGCUGAACAACUAGAAGACCUACUUAUUCACAGCGCUGGCAAAAAAGUAGCAGGCUUCAUUGCAGAACCCAUACAGGGUGUAGGCGGCACUGUCCAGCUCCCCAAAGGGUUUUUGAAAAAGGCGUAUGAGUUGAUCAGAAAACGAGGAGGCCUCUGUAUCUCCGACGAGGUGCAGUGUGGGUUUGGCCGCCUUGGAAGUCAUUACUGGGGGUUUGAGAGUCACGGUGUCAUGCCAGACAUUGUGACCAUGGCUAAAGGGAUAGGGAAUGGGUUUCCCAUGGGGGCUGUCAUAACUACACCUGAAAUCGCAAGAAGUUUUGCAAAUGCACUACAUUUCAAUACCUAUGGAGGAAAUCCGAUGGCCAGUGCGGUGGGGAAAGCAGUAAUUGAGACCAUCGACAACGAAGGUCUACAGGAGAACUGCUCAACAGUGGGGACACGUUUUCUGCGGGGGCUUCGAAAGCUUCAGGAUGAGUUCCCUGACUUCGUGGGUGACGUACGCGGGAAGGGGCUGAUGACUGGCAUGGAGCUGGUCACAGAUAGGGUCAAGCGAACUCCAAUGCCUGCCGAUCAGUUUGUUCCCAUUUGGGAGGACUGCAAAGAGAUGGGCCUUCUCCUUGGCAAGGGUGGGCUACAUGGAAACGUCUUCAGAAUUAAGCCUCCAAUGUGCAUCACCCAGGAAGAUGCUGACUUUGCAAUAUCUGUGAUGAGAGCUGCUUUCCAACAUCACGUGGAUAAAAGAAAAUAGGCCCUCCAUAGUGUCUUGAUCCCCACAUUAUAGUGCUACGCAUGCCACCAAGAAAAAGUUAUGAUAGAGUUGGCCAAUAAGCCUGCAAGAUCCACUGUUUGGACUAACACAAGCUUUUAGAUUCCUUCUUGUUUGGAUUGCAGUGAAGCAUUUCUUUGCUUCCCUGGUUGGCAAAUUUGGCUAACUACGCAAAACUGUCAAGGUGGCUUUGAAGCAUGCAUGAAAUUACAAGGAAUGUCAAAUUUUAACCUUAAUCAGCCUCUGUCACCCACCAUUUUGUCAUCCUAGCCAAGUGGCAUGAAAAAAGCAGCCAUUUCCAUCGGCUGAUUAGGGGAAGCCAAUACGAUAUUUUUUAUUGAAUUUGGUAAUUAAAGUAUGAAACUUUUUUAUGGUUAUUUCAGGAUUCAUAUCACAUUAUGUGUCUUCCAAUAUUAAAUGAAAACAAUAACAAAGGUGUGGCUGACAAGGGCCCUUUAAAUCUCUUGACAAAACCAGCUCUACAGCAGGUUAGCUAAUUAAUAAGGCUGUAUUUUAUUGCUCUCUUCGUUCCUAGUCAAUGCUGAGAAAGGGUUUAAUCAAUGAAGUUAUAUUUUUUAACAGAAGCUGUAAGAAAUUAUAAUAUUCCAAGAAAGACUGUAUCAUGCUUGUUGUAAAUAAAAACUUAUAAGCAUAUUACACUAUUUUGGUAUAAAUACUGUAGUUGAAGACAAAAAAUAGUUAAUUUAACUUAUGUGUUGUGUUUGUGAAAACCGCUUUCACAAGAGCUUUAAAUUUCAAAUGAGCCUUAGUAGUGUUUUUAUGUUCCUUGAUACGGUAGUUUCAUCUAGUAAUAGACAAUAUAGGAAUACAUGUACAUUUUGUACUCAUGUACAAAAACCAUACUAGAGAUUUUCAAUUUCACCAAUGCUGUAGUAUUCUUCAUCAAUAAAGGAAAGUGACAAUGACAGAAA